AUGAUUUCCGUCAAGGAUUGGUCAGAACGCUUUCUGAGAGUGCAGCUAAUUUGUCUGUCGUUGAUCGGUGUAGGGCAGAAUGAAAGUGUGUCGAAUAGAGUCCUGUUUCAUAUGUGUUUGAUUUCAAUGGCAGUUAUGGAUUUGGCCGCCGUUCUGUUUGCUUUGGAAAACACCGGCAACAUUAUUCUGGUUUGCGAUUGCCUGGGUCCUCUGUUCACGUGCUAUUUGGCUAUUCAAAAACAACUGUGUUUGAAUGCAAACCGAACUGAACUGUGGGAAAUAAUAAACAAACUACGUAAACUGAGAAGCAAAGCUCAAACUCAGGAGGUUCAUAUUUUCGAUCAAAGUAUCAAAAUUGACCAACGAUUAGCUAUUGCUUUUCUGACCACUUCCUCAAUAACUGCUUCGUUGUUCGUCGUUACAGCACUUGUGAAGGGACUAUAUAGUACAAUAAUUCAAAAUGAUGCUAACUGGAACUUUCCGCUUUCUUUGAGGUUUUCAAACCACAACACCAUUUUGCGGAUUACUCAGCCUACAAUCAACGAAUCGAGUGCAAUGUUUCUAUUAUAUCGAGGCGAGAAUGAGCAGUCAAUGUAUCAGUACUCAUAUAUAUAUAUAUAUAUAGUGGCAAGCGUUUCCAGUGAUGCUAUUUUUGCAGGACUAAUCUCUUCUAUAGUGGUGCAUUUUAGAUGCAUUCAAAUGCGGUUCAAAGAUCGCGAUUUUACCGACCAAGAUGAAUCCUUGCUGGAACUAAUCGAAUACCACAAGCUUGUUCUACAUAUGUCACGAAGUUUGAUGUCUUCAUUUCGGAUGAUCAUUUUUCAAAACCUGCUUGUUGCUUCGAUACUUCUGUGCACUUUGGGAUUUCAACUGGUUAUGUUUUUGGGGUCAUCCAUAAUGCUGAUAUAUAUUGUGUACGUAUCUGCUAUUGUCAUUCAAAUUACCUUCUUUUCCUAUUUCGGAUCUCGCAUAUUGCAUGAGAGCACGUUGGUAGCAGAUGCGAUCUAUUGCAGUAAUUGGUACAAGGCUUCGCCCAAGGUACGCAAAGUAUUGCUGUUAUGUAUGAUGCGAGCUCAGAUUCCGGUCAACGUAAAGGCUGUAUUUAUAGUGGCUUCCUUACCAACAAUGAGAGCUAUUAUGAAUUCAGCUGGUUCUUACAUUACUUUACUGUUAUCACUAACAUAG